AUGGAGCACCAACAUCCCAUGUCAUCGCGGGCGGUGCAAUCACCAGGAUUAAUUUCUUUGUCAGCCGCGGAUGCUACGGCCGCUGGUUCUUCUCGAACGAAUAUUGAAACUCUUAGGCAUGAGCCCUAUCACGGGCAUAUUAUGUGCAAAAACGUUAUGCCUCCGCUGCAACAGACAGCUACUUUUGUGUCUCGGCCAGCAAUGCCGCUAGCUUCACAUGCAGUCGCCCGUUCGGCUCCGCAAAAUGAAGUGAAGCAGUGUCCAAGUUUGAAUCUUUUACGGUCUCAAUCACUAACGCACAAUGUGAUACCUAAUCACCCGUUGAUACCGCCAAGUCGCUUCAUAAGCGGAUCGCGUGGCUUCCAUCCUCUUCAAGCU